UAGACUGUUCACACUAAGUCCAGGCAGUGGAACGGCAAUUUGUGUCUAGCAGACGACAUUCAUAAAGUGUUUCCUUUUCCGUGUGUCGUGCAGCUCUCUCACCUUCUCUCUCUCACUUUCUCCCUCUCUCUCUCUCUCUCUUCUUUCGUUUGCUAGACUCUAGAUCCAGAUCUAUCUUUCACUGUCAUGUUAUGGUUUAUCAAAAUAAAGUGAUUUAUACGAUAUCUGUAGGGUUUAGUGGAGAUUUAUUCAGCAUAUCAGUUUGAUACUUGAGUAUUAGUCAAGUGCUAACCUAUAUUUUGUGAGUUCCUUAUUUAUAAAGUAAGCUUCGAUUUUUUCUUCUUAUUAUAAUUUCGAUAUUUUAUCGGUGUUAAUAAUUCCUACAAAGACAUACUCUGUGAAUAAAUUAGAUGGUUGAAUUCUGUCGGAUUUGUUUUAAUUAUAAAGGAAAGGGACAUAACAGCUAUUGAGUUUUUUUUCAACCCAUAAUUCCUUGUAUUGUCUGGAUAUUUGACGAUCUGUAAAUUGACCUACUUUUUUUUUUCGUUUCAAACGAUAUAUUUCAAGUCUGCAAGGCAAGAUUUCAGCCCACACUCUCCAGUGAAGGAAAUAAACUAUGCCCAACGUAGCAAUGAAUGGAAAAACCAGUAACGCCAAGUACGUUAGCGCAGAGGAAGGCGGGACGCAGGUUAUAUUUGCUGGAAGUCAGUGCUCCUCAAACAGACGUAGGUCGAUGUUCCCCUGGUUUAGCAGCUGCACACGCCUGGAAUUGUUACUCUUAAUAAUGUGCCUUCUGCUAGCCAUUGGAGUUAUCGCCCUUAUAAUUGUGGUUUCCAGAAAGUCGCAAAGUCAAGCAGACAUCGAGGAUAGCAAGGCCUCGGGUGCAUACACUGGACAUAUACCACCAAAUAUCAAGUUGCAAGACAUCUGCUUAUCUAAAGGUUGUGUGAAUGCGGCCUCCAGGUUAUUGACCUCCAUUGACCCCAGCGUCCACCCGUGUGAUGACUUCUUUGACUUUGCCUGCGGGAACUGGAACAAGAUGAAUGUUGUUCCGGAAGACAAGCACAGCUACACCACGUUCUCAAUGCUUGGAGACGAGAUCCAGGUCAUACUCAAAAAUUUGCUGGAGCUUCCUAUCAACCCAAAAGAAGAUCUGCCAGUGACCAUCAAGGCGAAGACCUUCUAUAAUUCUUGUUUGAAUGACACUCAAACAGAUAUAAUCGGCCUUGAACCGAUGAAGGCUUUCAUUAAUGACCUUGGUGGCUGGCCAGUUCUACGCAAGGAGCCUCGCAAUCAGAACUACGAUGUCCUGUCUCUCCUGGUCAAACUUUUUCAUCAACACACCAAGAUCAUCAUUGAGCAAGCAGUCGCCCCUGACGACAAGAACUCAGAGGUGAACAUAAUCCAGUUGGACCAGGCCGAGCUUGGCAUGCCGUCUCCAGACUACUUCCUGUCUGAGAACAGCAACAAGCUGCAAGUCUAUCAAGCCUAUGCUCUUGACGUCACCAAAAUGCUCAACGCCACGGACCCGGUGCUGGCCGAGAGAGACAUCCAAGAAAUAAUAGCUUUUGAAGUACAGCUAGCCAAGCUGUAUAUUCCCAAGUCACUCCGACGUGAUAAUGAAGAAAUGUACAACAAAAUGACCAUCAAAGAAUUUUCUAAGAUGGUUCCAGAGUUCGAUUGGGUGCGCUACUUCCACGAGAGUUAUAAGCCCGUGGGGUUUAACAUCACAGAAGAUGAGCACAUCAUUGUCUACGCGCCAUCUUACUUUAAAGGCUUUGGUCAACUCUAUCAAAGAACAGAUAAAAGAGUGAUAGUGAACUAUAUUCUGUGGCGGAGCAUCAUGAACCGAGUGCCGUAUCUCCCUAAAGAGCACAGGAAAAUCAAUACCGAGUUCUCUAAGAGCAUGACAGGCAUAUCUUCCACUUCUCCGAGGUGGUACGAAUGCACGGAGGUGAUCAACGAGCACAUGGGGAACACAGUAGGACGUCUGUUUAUUGAGAAAUACUUCGAUGAAGGAUCCAAGGAAACGGCAUUGGAAAUGAUUCAUGACAUUCGCAACGCUUUCUAUGAGUUAUUAGAUGAAGCCGAUUGGAUGGACGAUAAAACCAGAAAAGUUGCUAAAGAAAAGGCUGAGGCCAUUUCAGAAAAGAUUGGCUAUGCAGAUUCAAUAUUCAAUGAUACAGCUCUAAAUGCGGAGUUUGCAGGUGUGGAAUUCAAACCUGACCAAUACUUUCACAACAUCUUGACUUCAAUAAAGCAUCAAGCUUUUACUCAAAUUAAAAAACUGAGAGAUCCUGUAGAUAGGGCAAGGUGGACUACAACACCAGCAGUUGUCAAUGCUUUUUACAGUUCAAGUCGAAAUCAAAUAAUGUUUCCUGCUGCUAUUCUUCAGCCACCAUUUUACAGUAAAGAGUAUCCAAAAAGCUUGAACUAUGGAGGUAUUGGUAUGGUGAUUGGUCAUGAAAUAACACAUGGAUUUGAUGACAAGGGACGUCAGUAUGAUAAAAAUGGAAUUCUAGUCCAGUGGUGGGAUGAUGAGGUCAUUCGAAGAUUUAAGGAGCGGGCACAGUGUAUCAUUGAUCAAUACAGCAACUACACAGUGCCAGAAGUGAACAUGAAUGUUAAUGGAAUCCAGACACAAGGAGAAAACAUUGCAGACAACGGAGGAAUAAAAGAAGCUUACAGAGCAUACAAAAAAUAUGCUAAUGCAAAAGGUCACUCAGAGGGGAGAUUACCUGGACUUCUUCAGUAUAACAGUGAUCAACUCUUUUUUAUCAAUUUUGCACAAGUUUGGUGUGGAAUCAUGAGACCAGAGACAACUAUCAAUAGAAUAAAGAUCGGUUUUCAUAGUCCUGGGAGAUUUAGAGUCAUUGGAACACUUCAAAACUUACCAGCCUUCUCUGAAGUAUUUAACUGUCCAGUAGGCUCUUACAUGAACAGAAAAGACAAGUGCACUGUGUGGUGAAAAACUAUUUUCUUUUUCUUUAUUUAUUGAAAUAUAGCACAUAAGUUAAUCUCUUCAUCACACAAAUGUAUGCUCUCAUGACCUUCAUUGUUGCCUGUCAAUGUCUCAUUGGAACAUUUAUGGUCAAAAUAAUUUAGAUGCAUAUUAUAAAUAAUACUUUUUUCUUAUCUGAAAGUGUUUUUUUUUUUCAAAUAAAAACUUAUGCUAUUGGUAUUUGAUUCAAAGAAAUGAUAGAUUUACAUAAGAAAGUUUGAAUUUUAAAAGUAUCAUGUCACACGUCUGCUAUAAUGUGCACAGACUAUUCCAUACAACAAUUAUUAAUGUUCAUUUAGUUUCUGAAAUUUUGUUUUUAAGUAAGUGCUCCAAUUACUUAUUUAUUGGAAAUUAUUCUCAGACAAUGGAGAAGGAAAUAUAUACAUUUUAUUAUUUCAUCCACUUUAAUAUGUCUGAUAAACAAUAAAAAUUAGUGAAGAAUAUUUGCUGAACUCUGAGAUAAUGCUACAAGAAAAAUUACUAUUUUCCAUUUGGAUGUCUAGAAAAGUUUUUUUUCUUGCUUUUACAAUAAUCAAUGUUUUUAAAAAAUGUGUAGAUGACUAGAAAGAUGAAAAAAAAAAAAGAAGAAAAAAUAUUCAGUUAACCUGAAAACAAAUCAUAAUUAAGAAAAGUACAAAAAUGAUACAAAAGUUUAAACAUAUCAGGAGUGAUUAUAAUUUCAAUCCAACUUUGCUUUUUAGCUUUCAGGUUUCACUAAGUCUGUUGCUGGUCAGGAUUUCUAAUAAUAAUUGUUAAGCAUGUACCAAAAAAGAAAAGAAACAUUUAUCUUGCAUAAAAUAUAUUAAUUAGAUUAUCAGCUAUUAAUUAGAUUAUCAGCUAUUAUUUAGAUUAUCAGCUAUUAAUUAGAUUAUCAGCUAUUAAUUAGAUUAUCAGCUAUUAAUUAGAUAAUCAGCAAAUAAAUAUUUGUGUAAUGUGUUUCUUGUUCUCAGUAUUCAUGUUGUUUAGAGUGAUUUGAUUUUUCUGCCUUUCUAGUGAAUUGUUGGUCUGUAUUUGUAGUGAACAGUAUAUUUUUUUGUCUCUAAUGUUAAUGCAGAAAUGCAGUUGUAGCACUACAUAAUUCUGCUGCACUGCAGAUAUGUUGUUAUGAUUUUAAGGCCCUUUUUGAUUUUAGUUUUAUAUUAGUUCUUUUUGUUUUAAUAAUAUUUUUUUAAGUUUCGUAAGUAGUUAAUUUUCAUUAUAUUGAAUAAUGAUAAUGAAAUGUAUUUUAACAAUGAACUUGGUUGUUGGCUGAUAACUCAGUGUGUGUUAUAAGCUAUUUACUAUGUUUUGUAAAAUCUUCUUAUAUUUUUAUACAACAUUGUACACAUGAUUUAUAGCAUGAACUGUUAUAAUAUGGAUUUUGUGUAUAGAAUAAUUGAUUACAUCCUCAUAAUUGUUGGACACAUUAAUUUUGUUUGUUUGUUAGCAUCUUACACAUGAUAUGUAUUUAAAUAUACGUUUGUAUACAACUUUUUUUUGUCUUGUGUUUAUGUACAUUAUUUACAGAUAACAAUAUUUCUACUGCGAUGUUAAAUUGAACAAUUACAUCAAAUAAUUUUUUAAAGAAAAGAGGAACAGAUUACAAUUUUAACCCAAUUUCUAUAUAUUAGAAUCUUUAAGCAAGAAUUUUAAAUAUUAUUGUUCUUUGUUGUCCCAUGAUGUAUUUAAUAUAAUGUAAGUAUUUUUAAGUACAAUUGAUUAUAAAAUUUUUUGCUUAUAUGUUGAAGGAAAUUACCUUUUUAAACAGAUUGUAGAAAGGAAAUUUUGUGAGAUUAGAUAUUGCAAAAAAUUGUCUUUUUUCACUAAACCUAUGUAAGAAAUAUCUCCUGGAUAACUUUUUUUGUUUGCAAGUAUAUUUUGUUUUAUUCUGGCUGCAACUGUGAACAAAAUCACUAGAACUAUGAUAUUUGAUUUUUUUUUCUCCAUAUUUCACCACCUAAGGAGCAGUCUGUGAGCUUUCAUUAAAUCACUAGUAGUAAUUCAAAUGAUGGAACUUAAAAAAAAACAUUUUGAGAGCUGGGACAAAUCCCCAAAAGUCUGCAGAGGAUGAGAGCACGUGAGCUGCUCUGAGCCUCCUGUGAUGAAUGCUAGCUAACUAUUAUAGUUCAAUUGCUGGACAGGCUAUUGUCCAGUAGAUUUGCACUUUGCAUGGUUCAAGCCAAACUUUUUUAUUUUUGCCUCCGCUGUGAAGAUGAAUAGGAAACUGUGUUUCAUUUUCUUUUAUACACCCAGAACUUGCUGAAUUCAAUAGGUUUAGGAAGCCACAUGCUCUAAACUUGUAGUAUUUUUUUGUCCUGGGCUUUUGGAAAAGAGGAUCUGAGCCUCUCAAGCCCUCACUCUAAUGAAGCUUGGCGGUAAUGAUGGCUUACUACUAUUAUCCUUCACUUGUAUCUGUAAAAUCUAUACAUUUUGUUUGUACUUGUAACUUUAUUUAUAUCAAUCAGUUUUGAAAGAAAAUGUCUACAUUCAUUGCCCUUCCGUAUGCCUAUCUGUUGUGACAUGAUGUGAUUCAACUUACUUUUACAUCUGUGAUUUUUUCAUCUCUAAUACCAUCAUUCAUUUACAUUUUUUUUUAUUCAUUCUAAAAAAGAAAUUUUAUACAAUUUCUGAACACUACUACUAUGUAUUUUCCUUUUAACCCAUGCUUUGUUACAAAGAAUUAGUAAGUAGUUAUUAGUAUAUUGGGAACUAUGUAAAUGAUUAGAGAUUUAUUUUAUUUUUUUAGAAUUCUGUGGUUGUGGUGAUACGUCUGCCAAAGUUAUUAGCAACCUUAAAAUUAGAACAUUUUCAUGUUUAAAACAUCUCAGCGUCUAGUUUGGGGUUCCAUCCAAGGCAGAUAAAUGGUACUUAAAGUGUAAAUAAGUUAUGUCCCAUAUAGGUGUGAUUGUUGUCUAGAAAUGUAUGAAGACAGUGUCAAGAAAAAGAAGACAGUGUAUUAUAUUACUGUAAAUACAAUCUAUAAUACCUCGUGUUUAUAUUUUCUAAUCAUAUCUUUAAUUCUUUUCAAUUCUCUCUAAGGCUUCUCAAACAUAUUUUAUACGGUACAUUUAAUAGCAUAAUUUUCAUCCUCAUAUUAACAUUUUUCAAAUUACUCUAGUACUGUUGCACUUCCUCCUCCUGCUCUAUUUCUUUGUAAGAAAUGAUAGUUUUAUUAGAAACCUAUUAGCUCCACCUUCUGUUGUUUCAACAUAAAAUGUGCGUUUAGCUAAAAUAAACUGUCCCAGAAAUCAACUUCUUGUCAAUCCCAAGAUUCAAGCUGCAACAUAUUGUUCACAUAGAACUUCUUGGGACUGCUUUAUCUAAUGAUGUUUACAAUUAGAUUGGAGCCUAUCAUAUCUGUAACCUAAUUAGGCAACUCUGAGAUCAAGGUUUAAGUUAAGGUUCUCUUUUUUUUUUUUAAUUGUUUAAAAGGACUUCUUGUUUUCUUUUAUGUUAUGUUAUUUUUUUAGCUUUAAAUCUUCUUUUGGCAGUUGUCAAAAUAUUUUGAAAGAAGAAAAAAAAUGGACCUCAUUCACCAAUCGUAAACAAACAACAUUUAGACACGUGAUAAUAUUGAUAAAACAACGAAAAAAAAAAACUGUCCCGCCUGUGUGUAUUACGUAAUUUGUAUAGAAGAGAUAGAGAAUCAUGUGACUAAUUUUUUUUUUUUUUUUACGAUUGGUGAAUGAGGUCCAUUGGACGACUAUUCAAAUAACUUGAUAAUUUCCUAUUCAAAACAUUUGACAUCUUUACAUUUUAUCUAAAGAAAGGCACGGAAGAACAGUUAAAAAUAUGUAGAUCUAUGUUUUGGUAUUUAGAAAGUCCUCAUUUUAAGCCUAUGGUAGAACUUCAAAUGGGUUAAGGGAACUUUUGCAUUAUCUGGACAUGUUAUUUUGUAGCUUUAAGGAAUUAGAUCUACUGUUUUCUAACUGUGGGCCAUCCUAUCAUUCUAGAUUAAUAUAAAGUUUUGAUUUAAACGGAAAAAAAGGGAAAAUUCUUUUAUUUGUAUUAAGCAUAGACUCUCACUUUUUUUUUUGUACCUAUAGCAUUUUUAUGCAUCGUUUGUAUGGAGAUUUGUUUUAAAUUUAUUUCUUGUCCAAACCAUGUUUCCUAGACAAGCAUAUUGUCAUGGAAACAGAGGUUUGUUGAUAAUCGAUGUCUUGCUUUUUUUUUUCUUUAAACAGUAAAUAAAUUGUAUUUUCAAAAUU